CCGAAUUUCGGUCCAAAUAUGCAUCGUCCUUCAAAUUCAAUGCUACUAUCCGCCGCUACUGCCUACUGGUCUACUGCCUUCUCCUGAAGUAAAAAGAAAGCGGCAUCCAUUUAACCAUAAAUUUCGUCCGAAGACAACCCCCUCUGCCGCUCUCCGGCAGCACCGGAUGUCUGCUAAAGUUCGCCGCUUGGGCAACUCCCUCAAGGUACAAUAUUCUUUCCCUACCUCGUGUAUUUUCACUCUCUUUUACCUCCCUAAAACCCUGAACAUUCGUUUCCUACAAGUUAAUUCUUAUUCUUUGCACUCUUCCAAUUGUAAAAGCUUUGAUUAUUUCCAUCAGUUUUCACCUUUUUAUUAUUCCAAUUCUAAUUCUUUGAGUUAUUUAAAUUCCAAUGAGCGACGAAAAUUAGCUGUUGGACUAUCUAAAAUAAUCAAACAACACAGAGGAUAUGUCUUGAAGGGAUUUUCCCACAAAUUUUGCCCUUAUUUGCUAGUCAAGAUCAUGAAACUAUUGCAAUCUCGUCAAUCCGCAUUUGCAUUUUUCAAAUUCGUAUUUCAAGAUGACUCUGAUGCUACAGUUCGGUCGUGUUGCAUAGCUGCUCAUGUCUUGGCUUCUCAGAAUCUCCAGCUCCUUGCGCAAGAUGUGAUUUCCUGGGUUAUUCGGGGAAUUGGGGCUAGCAGGAGUAGAGACUUGGUGGAGCUUAUGUGGGCUAAUCACCAUGAAUAUGAGUCGGAUUUCUCCGUCCUUAAUACGCUUAUGCGGAGUUUCCUGAAUGUGGAAAUCAGUUACUUGGCACUGGAGAUUCUGUCUAGAAUGAGGGAGGUGGGUCUGAGGCCAAGUUCAUCAGCAAUCACAAUUCUUGUCAAGUUGUUGCUUAGAGUUGGUGAUUAUGGUAGUGUGUGGAAACUAUUUAGGGGCAUGAUUCGUGAAGGUCCUCACCCUUCUAGUUAUCAUUUCAAUACUAUGAUUCUUUGCUUUUGUCAAAAAGGAUAUGUCAGGGUCGGUGAGAGUUUGUUGUAUGUUAUGCACAAGUUUAGGUGUCGACCAGAUGUUUAUACAUAUAACAUUUUGAUUAAUGCAUAUUGUAUGAGGGGAAGGACUUCAGAUGCUCUUGGGUUGGUGUAUUUGAUGAUAAAGAAUGAUUGUACACCGAGCUUAAUUACCUUCAGCACAGUUAUACAUGCAUUUUGCAAUGAGGGAAAAGUGGUGGGAGCAAGGAAGCUUUUUGACAGGAUACAAGAAGUGGGUUUUUCUCCAAAUGUUACAAUGUAUAAUGCUUUGAUGAAUGGAUACGUUAAGGCAAGAGAUGUUGGUCAGGCAACCAUCUUGUAUGAAGAAAUGAAGAACAAGGGUAUUGCUCCCGAUGGCACAACUUUUAAUAUUUUGGUUGCAGCGCAUUACAAGUAUGGGAGAAAAGAGGACAUUGACAGGUUGCUGAAGGAUUUGUCAAAUUCAGGUCUGGUUCCAGAUUGUUCGAUAUAUGAUAUUUCUGUUGCAGGGUUGUGUUGGGCAGGUCAGUUGGAUGUGGCCAUGGAACUUUUAGAAGAUAUGCUUGAGAAAGGAAUACCUCUAAGCAUAAUUGCUUUCAACUCGGUAAUUGCAGCUUAUAGCCGGGCAGGAUUAGAAGAGAAUGCCCUUAAAGCAUAUAGAGUCAUGGUUAUGUUUGGUCUAGUUCCCUCUUCUUCAACAUGCAGUUCUCUACUUUUGGGUUUAUUAAAAAAGGGGAAACUGGAAGAAGCACGGGAACUCAUGUAUAAGAUGAUAGAUAAAGGCUUUCGCAUCAAUAAAGUGGCUUUCACAGUGCUACUGGAUGGAUACUUCAAGGUAGGGGAUACAGCAGGGGCUCAUGGUCUGUGGUAUGAAAUGGAAGUGUGGGGGAUAUAUCCUGAUGUUGUUGCCUUCUCAGCAUUUAUUGAUGGCCUUGCCAAAGCUGGUCAUGUGGAGGAGGCAUAUGAUGUGUUUUUAGAGAUGUCUAGGAGAGGAUUUGUUCCUAACAACUUUGCUUAUAACUCAUUGAUCCAUGGAUUUUGCAACUGUGGUAAGCUGCAUGAAGCAUUGAAAUUGGAGAAGGAGAUGAGGCAAAAGGGUCUUCUUCCUGAUAUUUUUACAACCAAUAUCAUCAUUAACGGAUUCUGUAAAGAGGGCAGAAUGAAGUCUGCAAUUGAUGUUUUUACAGAAAUGUAUCGCAUUGGGCUAACCCCUGAUAUUAUCACUUAUAACACAUUGAUUGGUGGGUACUGCAAAGCAUUUGACAUGGUUGGUGCGGAUGAGUUUGUUGAAAAAAUGUAUGUUACUGGAUGCAGCCCUGAUAUAACCACGUAUAAUAUACGUAUUCAUGGAUUCUGUAGUAGUCGGAAAAUGAGCCGGGCUGUGAUGAUGCUGAAUGAGCUUGUUUCAGUGGGUGUUGUUCCGGACACAGUAACAUACAACACUAUGAUGAAUGUUGUUUGUGCGGACGCACUGGAUCGUGCUAUGAUUUUAACUGCAAAAUUGCUUAAGAUGGCUUUUACUCCGAAUGUUGUUACAACCAAUUUACUAUUGUCUCACUUCUACAAGCAGGGGAUGCCUAACAAAACCUUAAUCUGGGGUCAGAAGUUAAGUGAGAUUUCGUUUGCAUUUGAUGAAAUUUCCUAUAAAAUUAUGAAUAGAGCCUACCUUAAGAUACAAAACAAUGCUAAACUGUUAAGAGCAACUUCUGAAAAGAGCCUGUUUCUGGAUUAUCUUAUGUAUAUGACAUAUGACUAUUUUCGUAGAAGCAUACCUCACAAGAACACAAGUCAGGAUCCACUUAAACUGACUGAAAAUGGUUUAAGUCGAUCAUGAAAACUUACAUAUGGAUAAGUUCUAGGACAUCAGUUCAUAAGUUCGUGAGGAUCUUAUGCUUUAUUUUUGCGGCAAUUGAUUUUGAUGCACCAUUGCUUGAUUUGGGGAGCUAGUGUUUCGUUUGAGAUGGUGCUAGUGGAUACUGGUUAAGGUAUUGAGAAAAGCACUAGAAGACUGAAAAAAGAACGGGUCGAAGCCAUUAAAAAAUAUGGCUGAGCUGAGUUCAGAGAUGUUUUGGCAUUGAUGGAUCAGAGUGACAGAAAAAUACACACCCCCACCGUCAUGCCUCGCAGAUGAACUUUUAAAGUUUGAUUUCUGUUGCUUAUUAACUGGUGCUUCCUAUAUCUAUGGUGAGGAUGACCAGAGUAUUGUCACUAUCACAAUGCGAGGCACUUGAUUUUUGUUCAUUACAAGACUCAUUCAUGUCCUUGAGCAACAAUGAUAAUGAACAAUCAUAAUCCUAAUAUGAAGUUCUCUUGGUAGGAAUACAAGUUCAUCGACAUGGAUCCAUAAAUGGAAUGAUAAUUUGAAUUGGCUCUAAUUUCAAUUUCUGGUCAGUGGCUCACAUUGCGGCUGGUGGACUACUUGGAGCUAUCGUGGUUUGGAGACUAUCAACAAGUAUAUUUGGAGACUACUGAGCAUUUAAGCAGCUUACGGUAAUGAUUAUGUUUUGAGAAUGAAGAAGUUGAAUAUACACUUGUUUUUAUACAAUGACCAAAACUAGAGAGAUCUUCAGAGUUGUAUCCUGUGAGACGCUAAUGAUCUUGCAGAGUUGCAGUUGCGCCAUGAACAUUUGCGGCAACCCCUUUCCGACAAUCUUGAGGAACAUGUGGAUGAACGGAAAAGAAAAUCUAAAAUCCUCCAGCCUUAAAAUUACAGAUGUUUCCAGCAAAGAAUUUUGUGGGCUUUUGAGAUGUUUAUAGGAUCGGAUGUUGAUGUAUUUUUAGAUGAGAACUCCAAUAAUGAGCAGAGCGAAAUGCUUUCUUCUUC